AUGGGUUCCGUUGUUUUGCCACAUCUGCGCUCUGCCUGGCAUGUUGAUCAGGCCAUCCUCUCGGAGGAGGACAGGCUUGUGGUUAUUAGAUUUGGUCGGGAUCAUGACGUUGAUUGCAUGCGCCAAGAUGAAGUACUCUUCAAGAUCGCUGAGCGUGUGAAGAACUUCGCGGUAAUCUACCUCUGCGACAUUGACGAGGUACCUGAAUUCAAUUCCAUGUACGAACUUUUCGACCCCAUGACGAUCAUGUUCUUCUGGAGGAACAAGCAUAUGAUGUGCGAUUUCGGCACCGGUAACAACAACAAGUUGAACUGGGUGCUUGAGGAUAAGCAGGAGUUGAUCGACAUUAUUGAAACUAUCUACAAGGGUGCUAAGAAAGGACGCGGUCUCGUCGUGAGUCCUAAAGACUACUCAACUAGAUAUCGCUACUAGACGUUUUCAUUCGAUUGGCUCCGUUCUUAGUCUUGCUCAGAGCAGACCUCAUUUUUCUUUGUUUGAGAGGCCUUCAGUUGCUCCAUGCCUUUCAGGUCUAUCUUUCUGUUUAUGAGAUGUGACUAUGAAUCAUGAAUUCUUACUAUGAUGCGAGUAUCUUGUUCCAUGUCGAUAUCCACUUUGUAGGACCGAUUGAGAAAGACUUUUG